UAAUGUUUUGAUGUGAUUCCAGCUGCUGAGUUAGUUUCGUUAGUUGUGCAUAAAUUACUUAUAAAAUAAAACGUUCUCAAUAGUAUGGCGGCCCCAGUAAAUGCUGCGGAACUGCUGCAACAGGCACUCAGUUCAAACAUCAUUCCCAAUCAGGAGUUUCUACUACAAGGUUCCAUCCUAGACUCAGCUGCCGAAAAUUUGCUUCACCGAUUAAGAGGGCUUUGCGAUAAUGUUGAUGCGAGUCCGGAAACGUUCAGCGACAUAGAAAUGUGUUUCAGCCUUAAACUUCCCACCGAGAAGACGCCGGUAAUGACGGUUCGUGUGCGGCGAGCUCAAGACGUGGAUGCCCCACUGCAGCUACGAUACAUCGGGCAGCCGGAGUUAGGCGAUCGAACGCGCCCGACCCUGGUCAGAAGCAGCCUCGAUAUCGCCUGUACACCCCACGUCAUCGAUUUCCUCACCGAGAUGGGCUUCCGGUUGGACUUUGAGUACUCCACCAAAGGAUACAUGUUUCGCAAGGGUCGCAUGAAGAUAACGGUGUCGAAGAUUGUCAAAAACAUGACCGACCCAAUUUCCCAGAGCUACCUCGUCGAGCUAUCAGUGCUGGCACCGAAGGGUCAGGAUGCGAUUGCAGAAGAUAUGCGAAUAUUCGCCGAGCAGCUGAAACCCUUGGUACAGUUGGAGAAAAUCGACUACAAAAGGUUCGCCCAAAUGCCUUAAAAUUGGUUUCUGUAAAUAGAGGUAGGCAGCAUAUACAACAACAGAUUCAUCUUUUGUCAUGACUUCCAUCGAACCAUCUGUUUAAUUGAUUCCCUUGCUACGCAUUUGAAAAUUUUAAAACAACCAUUUCAAGUAACGAUCGAAUACCUUUGAACUUUUAUUGAUUCAAUGCAAAAAAUAUACUUCGUGGUUUCUCAAUCUUUUAGUUUUGUAAAAAAUAACAAUCGAAACAAAAAAUAUCACAAAUCAGUUGAAUAAAACAGAAACUAACA